UGGUAAAGGUGCCAAUGAUGGGACAAGUGCAGUAAUCAAGAGCCAUGCCACCGCAGCAGUGAAGUUUGGCCAAGUCCUGAUCAGAAACGCGAAGGAGCUCUACAACUACAGCAGAGACAAUCUGAAAACAGAAGCAUCUCCAGAUACAGUACCCAUUACCUCCGUAUCAUGUUCUUCAUUCCCAAGAUCCCAGAAAACAGAUGUGCCAGAGACCCGAUGUGCCAGAGACCCGAUGUGCCAGAGACCCGAUGUGCCAGAGAACCGAUGUGCCAGACACCAGAUGUGCCAGAGACCAGAUGUGCCAGAGACCCGAUGUGCCAGAGACCAGAUGUGCCAGAGACCCGAUGUGCCAGAGACCCGAUGUGCCAGAGAACCGAUGUGCCAGAGACCAGAUGUGCCAGAGACCCGAUGUGCCAGAGACCCGAUGUGCCAGAGAACCGAUGUGCCAGAGACCCGAUGUGCCAGAGACCAGAUGUGCCAGAGAACCGAUGUGCCAGAGACCAGAUGUGCCAGAGACCCGAUGUGCCAGAGAACCGAUGUGCCAGAGACCAGAUGUGCCAGAGACCCUGAUGUGCCAGAGACCAGAUGUGCCAGAGACCUGAUGUGCCAGAGACCAGAUCUACCAGGUGACAGUGACCAGAUGGAUGACAGCAUCACCCACACACACACACACACGGUGCUGGAGGAGUAUUGAUGGUAGUAGUGAUAAAGAGAUAUAUUAAUUUCAUAAAGCCAGAGAACAUGCUGUAUGUGAAAAUAGGGCAUGCAGUGUA